AUGAUGAAUAGUAUGAACAGUGAUAAAUCUGAAAGUGUUGAUAAAACAAAUAUGGAGAAUAAUACAAACGAUAGAGAACUAAAUGAUAAUAAUAUAACAAAUAACAAAUUAAAUAAUAAUGAACAUUUUGAUGAUAUAAAUAAAAAUGCAUGUGUUAAUGACAAAAUAAAUAUCGAAAAAAAAAAUUCCGAUUCUUCUAAUAAUGAUAUAAGCAUAAAAAAUAUAUCAGCAGAUGUAAAUGCAAAUUAUCAAUAUGAUGAAUAUGGUUAUAUAAAUUGUGAUAAUGAUUAUUUACAAAAUGAAGAUAUACAACAUAUUGUAGAUAAUGAGAAUAAUAGUUUAGAGUGUGAUCAUAUUGUAAUAAAAAAUGUAGAAUAUUCAAAUAAUUUUAAUAAUGAAGAUAUAGGGAAAUCAGACAUUUUCGAGAAUAAUCAGGUUCAAAAAUAUAUAAUUCAUAACACUAAUAAUAGCAAUGAUAAUAAUAAAUUUUGCAUGGGGGAAGAUGCAGAUAAAAUAAAAAAUAUUAAUACUUCUUACAAAAAUAUUUAUAGUGAAUCGAUUGAUGACUCGCAUAAAGAUGAAUUUAAUUAUAAAGAAUUAAAUUGUAUAAAAAUGGAUAAUUCUGAUUUUAACAAAAGAGAGCAAUAUGGUGAAAAAAAUGGGAGUAUAUCCCCAAUUAAAAUGAAUAACAAUUCCGAUAAAAGUGAUGAUUUAAAUAACGAUAGACAUGAAUAUAUUAUUGAUAAUUGUCAAGAUCAAACAGGAUGUAAUAUGGGUAUAUGGAAUAAGAGCAAGUGUGAAUAUGUUGAAGAAAUGAUAAAUUAUGAAAGUGAAAAUGAAAAAAAUUCAGAGACUCAUGAAAAAUCAAAUAACUACAAUUUAGAAGAUAAUGAAUUAGAUAAAAAUGCGGAUAAUUUUGAUGAAAAAAAAGAAAAAGAUAUUUCUGAAAACUGUCUUAAUAGUAUAAGUAGUAGUAACGAUAAAAAUAAUUGUAAUAAUAACAAUUCCGAAUAUAAUAAUGGAAAUAAUUUGAAUAAAGUAUGUAUUAACACUAGUGAUAUUUUUGAUUUAAAUAAUAAAACUGGUGAUUAUGAUAUCAUAAUGAAAAAUAAUGAAAAUGCAGAAAUCGAUAUGAAUAAAAUAAAAGAAACAGAAGAAGAAAAGAACAAUUGUGGUAAUAAUGAAAGCAGUACAAUGUCUAAUAAAAAUAAUUCAAAUAAUAAGGAAAAUAUAAAUGAAAUUAAAAAUGCUAAGGAUGAUAAUAUAGUAUUUAAUAGCAAUAAUGUGUUACAUAUAUUUAAAGAAAAGGAAAAUAAAAUUAAACAAAAUUAUGAAAUAGCUAGUGAGGAUAAUGUAGAGACUGAUGCAAAGUUAAAUGAAUGCAAAGGAGUGAACGAAAAGGAAAUAAACGAAAACGAUAUUAACAAUGGUAAUAAUAACGGAAAGGAAUAUGAUUCAAAAUUUGAUGAUAAUAAUAAUAAUAAUGGAGAUAAAGAUAGAGUAAUAGGUGGUGAAGGAAAUGCUAAUAUAAAAAAUGAAGAAAAAGAAUUAAAUAAUUAUAGUUUUGAAAAAAAAAAAAAAUGUGACGAUGAAUGUGAAAAAUCAAAUAUGGAAAAUGAUAAUUGUGAUGAUAUAAAUAAAAAAAGGAAACAUAUUUCAUCAUAUGAUGAAUCAAGAAAGGAUAGAAAAUUAAGUAGUCAGAAAGAAUAUGAAGAGAUUGAGAAUGAGCAUAUAAAUAAAUAUGGAAAUGAUAUUGAUACUAAUGUGAUUAAUACAACAUUCUGCAAAAAUAACAAUACGAAUAUAACAAAAUAUGUAAACAACAUAGAAGAAAUAAUUUCUAGUAAUAAUAUGAAUGGAGAUAGUAAAAAUAAUUCUAAUAGCAGUGCAUUAAAUUUAAAAAUUGAAAGUAAUGAAACAAACGGUGCUAACGACACAAAUGAAUCUUAUUUUUCAGAUAUGAAAAUUAGCAAUGUAGAAGGAAAUUACAAUUAUAACGAUCUUGUUUUAAAACAAGAUAAUAAAGAUAGUUUAAAUAAAGAAGAAAAAAAUGAUAUUAAUAAUCUUGAGAAUAAUUGUAAAGAUGAAUGUUCCAAUAAGUCUCAGAAUCGAAAUAUCGAAAAAAAUGAUGGUAAAAAUGAUAGUGAGCAUAGUUUAGAAAAUUUGAAAGAAUAUGAUGAAAAAACCAGAGAUAACGAUGAUGAAUAUGAAGAUGAGCAAAAUGAAAAUAUGUCUGAUAAUAAUUAUAGUGAUGAUGAAAAAACAAAUUUAGAUAACUGUAAUACGAAUGAUAGAAAAAAAAAUAAAAAUGAUAAUGAAACGUUAUUACCUAUAGCUAAUAUUAGUAGAAUUAUGAAACGAAUACUUCCAGCAAAAGCAAAAGUUGCAAAAGAAAGUAAAGACAUCAUACGGGAAUACGUUACAGAGUUUAUUCAAUUUUUGACUAGCGAGGCAAGCGAUAGGUGUCUAAAUGAAAAACGAAAAACUAUUAAUGGAGAAGAUAUUUUGUUUUCUAUGGAAAAAUUAGGAUUUAAUGACUAUGUCGAACCACUAUCAGAGUAUCUAAACAAGUGGAAACAGAUGAAGGGAUUGAGCACUUCGAAUAAAUACUAUGAUAAGAAAUUUGAUAUAUCACGAAAUUCUCAAGAACAAAAUAUGUUAAUAAAUUACAAUACAAAUAUUUUUAAUAAUAUGAACAACAAUAAUUAUUAUACCAAUGAGGAUUAUGAUUACAAUGAAGGUAAUUGUACUGCUAACAAUUUUUUUAGAAAUGAAAAAAAUGAGUUGUGUAAUAAUAAUUUUAGCAAUUCUUAUUUUAAUAAUAAUGGGAAAAAUAAUAUAAACAGGAUUUAG